GACGACAAGUCAAUGUCAGAGACUAUUUGCAAUAUCGAAAAUAAGUCUGCUCGUGUGUGGUAUUUAUAAUAGGUUGCAAAUAAUUAUAACACCAUAAAAUGUCUGGUUUUACUGAAAACGCGUUGAUACGUAAGUUACAAGAUUUAAAUUCAAGUCAACAAAGUAUACAAACAUUGUCUCUAUGGCUUAUUCAUCAUAGAAAACACCACGCCGCUAUUGUUAAAACUUGGUUCAAAGAAAUGCUAAAAGCAAAAGAUGGCAAGCAGUUAACAUUCAUGUACUUAGCUAACGAUGUAAUACAAAACAGUAAAAAGAAGGGGCCAGAAUAUGGAAAAGAGUUUGGUAAUGUUCUCACGGAAGCCCUAAAACAUAUGGCUAAGACUGGUAUCAACACUAAAACCAAGCAUUCUCUUCAUAGGAUAUUGAAUAUAUGGGAAGAAAGAGGUGUAUAUGAACCAGAGAGAAUAAUAGAGUUUAAAAUAAUUGUUGACCCUAAUGAUGUAGAACUACGUAAUGCAAUUAAACGAAAAAAAACUGAUACAGAAGUAAAAGAACCUGAGAAAAAGCCAAGACUAUCAGAAAAAGUUAAAGAGAAAAAAGAGAGACGAAAGAGCGAGUCCAAGACCAACUCAGAUGGACUUAAUGACACACAUUCAUCAGUCAGUCCAAAUACUCCUCCCGGUGACCCACCGGAGCCCGAGGAACUAAUAAAGGCCUUAUUAGAGUUAGAGUCAAGUGCCUCAAGCGAUGAAGCUGUAAGAGAGAGAAUAGCAUCACUACCUCCAGAAGUAUCCGAAGUGCAAUUGUUAUCUAAGUUAGAAGAUAAAGAAUCCGCUGUAAGUCUCAGUGCCGUUGUCAAUUCAGCAGUGGAACUACUCGCUGAAUACAACUUGAGGCUAUCCGACGAAUUGGAGAAACGAAGGAAGGUCGCGGCCAUGUUGAGGGAUUUCGAACAGGCUCAACGUGAACUCGCCAAGAAAGCUGAGGCUAAGCUCGAGGAAUACAACAUAAAACUCCAGAAGAUUUACGAAGUUAAGGCUGAAGUGAAGUCUCACAUAGAUAACCUGCCUGACGUAUCGAGAUUGCCGGAUGUGACAGGAGGCCUAGCGCCUCUCCCUUCCGCAGGAGACCUCUUCAGUAUUUGAGAAUUAGAGAAUUUAAUUAUUUAUAAAAGCAAUAAUUUUAGGCUGACUUUAUGCAUACAAAUUAUAUUGUUAUAGCGUGACUAAAAUAAAAUAGUUAUAGAGGGUUAACAUUUGUCCUGUUGAACGAACGUAGUUAUAUGAGAUAAUAAAUAAGUUUUAAAACUUA